GAUACUCAUUUAGAAGAUAAGAUAUUUUAUUAUGAAAAUUUGACUUUAUAUAAUGCGGUUCAACAAUUGACUUUAGAAAAAGAAUUAAAUAAAAAUAAUGAUACUUCGGGAAAGACUCUAGAAACAAUUAAAAACCUUUUAUCUUUCGCAGAAACUAAACAAUAUUUAAAUUUUCGCCCUCAAGAUAUAUCAUUAAAAAAUUGCAAGUUAUUGGGGUUAACAGAAAAUAAAUCAUCAUUAUCUCAGGAAUUAAAUAUUAAAGGAAUUUUAUUAAAUUAUAUUGAAAAUAAAUUAAAAAAACUUUGUGAAGAUAUCGCGAAAUUUUAUUAUGUUGAAGAAGAUUCAAAUCCAAAAUUAUUAUUUGCCAAAGCAACAAAAUUGGAUGAAAAAUUAAAUCGACGUAUUGAAGAAUUACGAUCUUUCAGAAUAAAUCUUGUUGAAGAUAAAAAUCGAUUAGAGGAAGAAAAUUUAAUUAAAGAAUUAAAUGAAAUAGAAUUUGAACUAUCGAAAUAUCAAGCCGCUUGUGAAUUCGAUCAAAUAGUACAAGCUUACAUUGAAGUAAAUAAAGAAAUUGAGAGAAUGGUCAAAGCAGUCAAAGUAAAACAAGUCAUUUAUAAACUUAAUGAAAAAGAAAGAGAUAAAUUUCAACUUAUCAUCGAAGACCUUGAUGAGAAUCAUUUGUUUGUUGAUUCCAAUAAAGUUGAUUAUAUAAAAACAGAAGUUGAAAAAUUAUUAGAAGAAAAUACUUAUAAAUCUGAAUUAUUGCUUCCAACAAAUGACAAAUAA